AUGAAAAAUGAUCAAGUGUGUAUUGGGUUUAAUUUAUUUUUUGAAUAAAAGAUUUUAGAUAUAGGAACUGGUAAUUCUAAACAAAAGUUGGAAUAGGCAGAAUAAAUAGUUGAAUAAUGGUAAAAAUUAAAUAAUGAAGAGAAAAUGUAUUGGUAAUAAAAAGAAGAAGCGUUAAAGUCACAGAUUAACAGCAAAAUGAAUAAAAAAUAGAGGCAAUGCUAAACUUAAGAAUAAAAGGAUAUUGAAGAAAUUUAAAACAAUAUUCAAUUUAUGAAAUUUGAUGAAGCUAAAUAAAAUUAUAAAAAAAGAAUAUAAGAAAAUCUCCAAUAAUAUGAAGAAAAAUUAGAUGAUGAUUCUAAAGUUUAAAAAAUUAAAAAUCCAUAAAAUAGCAAAAAAAACAUAUAAAGAAGAAAGCCAAAGGAUGAUGAUGACAAUUUUGAAGAAGAAGAAAUAAAAAAAGGAAGAAAAUUUAAUGUUAAACAAUCAAAGCGAGGUGGAAAGAGAAGAAUGUGA